CUUAGGUACAGUAGCACUAUCAACUUCUCUCGACUCGGAAAGUUACGUAUAUGUCCAGAUGACUCAGAUUGGUUGGAGCCACUCAUGGUUGUACUUGGGAAUUCUCCGAUACUAAAACAUCUUGUGGUUGACUAUGCGAUUGUCGAUCUCGAGGAUAUGGCACUCUCAUGGAACCAACCAGAUUCAGUUCCAAGUUUUUUGUCUUCCCAUUUAGAGAUCUUUGAGUGGAUGGAAGGAUACGAAGGAAGAGUAGAAGAGAAAAAGUUCGUGACAUACAUCCUAGCUAACUCCAAGUGUUUAAAGAGAGCGACAAUCAUCUGA